AUUUCAAACACUACUACUAAUAAACAUUAAGAUUAUAUUUUUAAUGUUCUUUUUUCAGCACCUUAAUUGUUAUUUUCAUUAGUGUAUCUUCUGCAUGAUUGGAGAAAAUAGUUUUUGUGGUCCAGCUGUAUUAUCAUGUCGAGUGGUAGACAGUUUCCUGAGUAUUGUGACGUGUGUUACAAGAGCUUCUCUGGCCAAAUUCCUGCUGAACAACACUAUGCCAGUGAAGACCAUAUCAAGAGAGCCAGGAUUGGAGCGGGUGUGAAUCGGUCUCAGUUUGACUGUGACAUCUGCAAUGCAACAUGCAAUUCACGGCAACAACGCUUGGAGCAUGAUGCCAGUCCACGGCAUAUGGAACGACAACAACGGCAGCAGCGGUCAAGAUAUUCUCCAGAAAGCAGAGUUCCCCAGUCAGCUUUUGGUCAGAACCGGUCAAACCCAUCCAGAGUUUAUGAUUUUGAUGGUGUCCGUGGUUUCUGCCAUGUGUGUAAUAUUGAACUUACAUCUCCUCAGCAUUGUCGACAGCACGUUUCGGGAACUAAGCACCAGAAGAAAGAAUCACAGAGCAAGAUAGAAAUUGCUGGUGGUGACUUUGGCGGUGAUCUUUUUUGCCCUUUGUGUAAGGUACCGUUUAGUGGUCCAGGAAAUGCCCGUGAACAUUAUAUAAGUGCAAAGCACAAAAAGAAGGAAAUGGAAGCUCAGACUGCAUGUAUGCAAUACAAUGGAAAUUCUUUGUAUCAAGGAUCGCCCAUAACACAACCAAUAGUUGCUGGUGUGCAACCAAUUUUUCCUGGCAUCUCACUGAUUAAUGCUUCUCCAGUGCCAACAAAUCUUCCUGAUCCUUUGAUCCCUCUGCAGAAUAACAUCAACCGAUUCACUCAUUCAUCCUCAAAUCAGAAUCGGAGAGCUGUGGAUUUUGAUGGGCAGACUGGUUACUGUAAUGCUUGUCAGGUGGAGUUAACAUCUCCACAAUUAAUGGACCAGCAUAUUAAAGGAUCUCGACAUGAAAAGUCACUGAAACAGUGGUCAGUUAGUGACAGCAGCAGUGGUGGCGGAGACUACAAGUGCGAUGAUUGUGGCGUAACAUUCAGUGGUCCUGCACCAGCAGAGCAACAUUUUGCAAGCGACAAGCAUAAGAAGAGGUCCGCACUUCCACAUACUAACUUUUCCACACCUGGGAACGAGCCUGUUAAAGCAGGUACAAAGCUGCAAUUGAACCAGACAGAGCUGUUUCCAACCGAGUUAUUUCCAGAAGAAGACGCCGUCAUAAGCCAGGAUCCAAGUGGUACAUGCAUGCCUUUAAACAUACCACCUGAAAACAAUGGACAGAUAACAGAAAAUCUUGGGAAUGCUUUGAAUAUGACAGGUUCUUGUCAGGCUCAGAGUGAUAGUGAAAUCUGCUUGAAAGUUGAUGGUGGGAGUAUUCGUCCAACAGUGCCAAUGCGGACAGUUGACAGGAUAUCCAUAGCCAACAAUUCAAAUAAUUCGAGUUGUUCAGAAACUAGUUAUGCCCAAGCAAGUUCUGUAUUAAGCAACUUGAUAUCUGAUCAGAAUAGAAAUAUUAAACAAGAUGUUGGAACCACGCUACCAUUUACUUUUUCUGAUAACCAUGGGUGGUGCAACAUUUGCAAUAUUGAACUGAAAUCUGUUAUUCAUGCUCAUGACCAUCUCAUAAGCGAACAGCACAGGGUUGCAGCAGAGGCACAACAUACUGUAACACUUAGUUCACAAUCAGAAAAAUUAUCAACAGCAAGCGUCAUUUCUGGUACUUCUAGCACAAGUGAAAACCAAAAGAACGUGACUCAGCAAGAGUAUACUUUUGAUGGAAACCGUGGCUUCUGCUAUCUUUGUAGGAUCGAAUUGACAUCACCUCAGCAUGCUAAACAACAUCUGAAUGGUAAAAAUCACACAAAGGCCAAACUGAAUUCUUCCUCUCUGCAUGAAAUGGAAAGCAAUAUUGUAUCUGGAAGUAGCUGUGCUGCGGAUGACAAGCCUGAAUAUGAGUUUCACGGGGGGAAAGGUAUUUGUUAUGUCUGUAACAUAGAACUGACAUCAAAUGCACAUGCAGGGCAGCAUUUAGAAGGAAAAAAUCACAAGAAAGCUGUGGAAAGGAAGCAACAACAACGGAAUGGAUCUAAUCAUCGUUUGGUUUGUGAGGUCUGUCACAUGACGUUCAGUGGGCCAGAAUGUGCAGAGCAGCACUUCAAGUCAACCAAGCACCUAAUGAAGUUAAAAUCAAGCAAUGGUGGAAUCCUUGGUUCCAAUAUAGGAUUUUUCAAUACUAAUGCAGAAGUUCCUAAUGCAUUAUAUAAUGAGUCACUAACGGAUGUUAAGCGGGUAUCUGACUUCAGUACUAAUGCUAAUACUGAACUGUUUAAGCCAGUGAUGCCAUGUUCUCAAUCCACCAUGGUUACCAACACCAGCUGCGGACAAACUCUGUCCAAGGAAUCUGACAUUGGUGAACAGUUUGGUAUUUGCUCAAAUGAUAUUCUAAGUGCAUUGCGACCAGCACCAAACAAUCUGUCCUGCAUGGAAAGCAUGUAUUCCAAUGAAGAAAAUCCUCCUAGUAUGGAAGAUGCAGAACAUUCAGAAUCUGACAGUGAGAAUAAUCAUAAUCUGGGCGGUGAUUCAAGUUCCAGACAGGCCAGAAGACCGCAGCCAUGUAAAACUCUGAAAAACAGAAAUCAGCACAGACAGAACAAGAUGACAUUUCAUGAUGAUGAUGAUGAUGAUAAUGAUGAUGACGAUGAUGAUGAUGAUGAUCCUGUUGUGGAUUGCCUAAAAGGAUUGGACAGGAUGAAAAUUUCUGAAACAAAUCCGGAUACCAUAUCUGCUGUAAAAACAGAUAAUGAUUGCUGUGAGCAUGAUGAGUUCAUCAGUUUCCGUAGCAACUGCAGUGAAUAUCUCAACAGCGAUGCAGGCAGUCAUGCUGCUCAUCAGAAUGAUGUAAGCAGUACCCCAGACAGCACUGCUGGUGGUGCAGUUGCUAAUAAACCCAAAUUAAAUCCAUAUUCUAAACAUUUUCGUUUUUAUUGUGACAUCUGUGAUCGACCAAUGAAUACACAGGAUGCUUACAAUGCCCAUGUCGGUGGAAGAGACCACCAACAGAAAGUGGCCAAUAUACAGGCUCCUAAGAGAACUCUGCCUCCUGUGAGAAGACUCUUGACUGAAGAAGAAGCAGAUGAGAAGGCCUUUAACCUCACUGAACAGGCCCCACGCAGUUACCAAGUGGAGCUGUUCAACAAGACCAUGCAAAACGACAGUGUCAUCUUCCUGCCAACAGGCACUGGCAAAACGCAUGUGGCAGCCAUGACAGUGAGCUGUAUGUUAGAGAUCAACCCCCAGAGGCCAGUUCUGUUCUUGGUGGACAAGGUUUUGCUAGUUAUGCAGCAGUCGAAAUACCUGCGUAAACAGUUUGGUGAAAAGACGUUUAACAGGGCUUCACCAGAUGAUCCCAGUGGACCACUGAUAGCUCGUAAGCUGAAGAUAGCAACCCUGUGUGGGGGGAUUGCCGCCUCUGAUCCUACUCCUCUCUACCAGUACGAUGUCAUCGUGGCUGUUGCUGCGUACUGUUCCAACCUGAUGAGCCAAUCCAGAAUUUACUGGUGUGACUUCAGCUUGGUUGUCUUUGAUGAGGCCCACCACUGCACCAAGAAGCACCCAUUCAAUUUGCUCCUUAGGGAUUACCACAUGCUAGUCGAUCCUGACAGACGGCCCAAAGUUCUCGGUCUGACCGCAUCGCCUGCUGGAAAGGAAACAGAACACGCAACAUACCUCAUGCUCACGGAGUUGCUUGUCAACGUUGGAAAUGCCAAGGUACAAAUCGUCGAGGCUGAAUCCACACAGCAGCAAUUGAGGAAAUACCAGUCCAGUGCCAAGCUUCACAUAAAGUAUGAGCCUCGAACCCACGAGGAAGAGACCUUUCGGAAACAGUUGCUGGAGUAUCUCGUCAGCUGUUACUUGAAGCUAAACAGCAUAUCCAACAUAGACCAGGAGUGUUCACUGAUGCAGUUCUUCAAGCCCAAACUGGCCCGAGGAACGCCGGAUGAACAGCUUCUGAGAUGUGCUGAGGAUUUGAAUGAUCCGGAUAGAAUAAAAAUGUUCAUGCAUGUUGUAGGAAUGCUCAAACCAAACAGGAGUGAUGUAGUCACGAAAGCCAACGUGGAUUUCUUGAGUAACCACACGCUCAUAAUGCUCAUGUCCCUGCAGGACAUGGAUGGGAUGGGCAUCCCAUGUUCCAUGGAGGAGCUUCAACCACUUCUUAACCCCACAAUUUCAGGAAACUUUGAAAAAGCCGAAAUGCUUGGUCUGAAUUGUGAUAGACUCCGUUACAGUGUCAGGGCCUGGCAACAAUCUGCAAUGGUCUCCUCGGCAUUUGAGGACGACGGACAGAAAAUGUCUCUUGUCAAACAGCUUGUGUCGUCCUUACACAACAGAGAAUACAUCAACUGGCAAAGCUCUCCGAAACCCAUAGCACUCGUGCUUGUACGCGAAAGAGUACUGGCAGUCCGACUAAGCAUAUUCCUGAAAGGCAUGGUGAAAGAUCUGGGUCUCAAAGUGACGGCCAUUGUGGGACACGGGGGCGGCACUGCAGACUCUGGGAUGCGGGUCAAAGAGCAGAAGCGGGUCCUGGAUGGCAUCAAGCAGAGGAAGUAUCAGAUCGUCGUGGCAACGUCUGUGGCAGAAGAAGGCGUGGAUAUUCCCGAGUGCGAACUGGUGGUCUGCAUGAAUCUACCAGGCACCGUCACCGGCUUUGUGCAGAUGAGAGGGCGGGCUCGGAAAAAAGACAGCCAUUUUGUGAUCAUCUGUAGCAAUCAAAAGGAAGAGGAGCAGAUGCAUAAUCUUUUGAAACGGGAGAAAAAUAUGAUGGCUGCCGCAAAAAAGUGUGUAGAUGAACAGAAGAGAGAAGAAAAUAGAUUCUCUUAUUAGGUCUUAGUAUUUGGGUUGGAGGUUUUCUUUUUGUCCCCCAAGUCUUUGUAUCUCGUUUUUGUUAUUUCAAUUGUAUCUGGUAUUGAUGGCUCAUGCAUUAAUGAAUUGAAAAAUACCCAUUGCUUCAAGACGUGACAUCUGCACUUUUAAUCAGUUAGCAUAUACAAGAUGUUAUACUUAUUUUAAAAACAACAACAAAAAACCCUGCUAGGCAAUAAUCUUAAUGAACUUGUAAAUAAAAGAGACAUUUCUUACAUUUGACAACAUUAUUAAUUACACAAGAUGUAAGUCUUCAUAUUAAAAGAAAGAAAGUUCUUUAUGAAAUUAAGGUAUCCCAUAAAAGAGAACAUAAAUAUAAUGUGUACAAUUUUUAGUUUCCUUUCCUCAGAUUUGAAAUCGAGUAUUGAUCUCGAAAACACUUUGAAACGGUCUUUGUAUGGCAUAAUAGUAUAAUAAUUAUACUACCAGGUUUAUGACGUACAGUAUAUACUAUAUGUCAGGGUAAUACAUCUGUUACCAUUUUUAUUGUCAGGAUAAAUAGAGAAUAAUACAUGAGUGGCCAUUUAAUAUCAUUUAUCUCAUAACAAGUUGUUUUAAAAUGUCUCUCUAACAAGCAAAAGCAAGAUAUUUUUUAAACGAGUUGUG